ACGGCCACUUCCCUCCCUAUACAAAAACCCACGGUAGCCGUUGGAGAAUCAGACCACCACUUUCUUCCUCAUUUCAAAAUCACGAUUCGAUCUUUCCGUAGAACCCUAAAAAAACAACCUUUAUUUCGCUGAAAGAGGAAGACGAAAGAAAGCUUUCUUUUUCCUUGCUCUCAUUUCAAUUAUCGAACCCUACUUCUCUGGUUGUGAAUUAAAGGCAGAUACAUCCUUAAUUGGCUUCAUCAGGCGAUACAUAAAUCACAGAGGUUUGAAAGAGAGAAAAAAGUGAUGUCAGUCACCCCCGAUCAGUCUAAGAAAGUUGGGGUGGGGGUGUCACCGUCCCCAUCUCCUUUCCUUACACCUCGUCCCGAAAGGCGGCGCAGAACACUUGAGUGGAAUCCAAAUCGUCAGGACAAGGAUAAAGAGGUUAAUGUGCAAGUUCUGCUUAGAUGCAGGCCUCUAAGUGAUGAUGAGCAAAGGUUGAACAUCCAGAAGGUGAUAUCCUGUAAUGAACACAAAAGAGAAGUCACUGUUUUGCAAAGUCUAAAUAACAAGCAAGUCGAUAGAGUUUUCACUUUUGACAGGGUUUUUGGGCCAAAAUCACAGCAAAAAUCAAUAUAUGACCAAGCAAUUUCCCCAAUAGUUAACGAAGUUCUCGACGGAUUCAACUGCACUGUCUUUGCAUAUGGGCAGACAGGCACCGGUAAAACUUAUACAAUGGAAGGUGGGAUGAGAAAUAAGAGUGGCAAUUUACCUGCUGAGGCUGGUGUUAUUCCACGGGCUGUUCGACACAUUUUUGAGACACUUGAAGCACAAAAUGCUGACUAUAGUGUGAAAGUAACGUUCUUAGAAAUAUAUAAUGAAGAAAUAACUGAUUUACUAGCGCCUGAUGAUAAUCCAAGAACUGCAGAAGACAGGCAAAGGAAAUCUAUUUCCUUGAUGGAGGAUGGAAAGGGUUGUGUGAUAGUAAGAGGCCUUGAAGAAGAAGCUGUGUAUAAUGUAAAUGAAAUUUAUAGUGUCUUGGAAAGAGGGUCUGCCAAAAGGCGUACAGCAGACACUCUGUUGAACAAGCGCAGCAGUCGCUCUCAUUCUGUCUUUUCCAUUACUGUCCAUAUAAAAGAAGCAACAGUUGGUGAUGAGGAGCUAAUAAAAUGUGGCAAAAUUAAUCUUGUCGAUCUGGCAGGAUCAGAAAACAUAUCUCGUUCAGGUGCACGAGAGGGACGUGCAAGAGAAGCGGGGGAGAUAAAUAAGAGCUUGCUCACACUGGGCCGUGUCAUAAAUGCACUAGUGGAACAUUCCACUCACAUACCUUACAGGGACAGUAAGCUUACAAGACUUUUAAGAGAUUCUUUGGGAGGCAAAACAAAAACCUGCAUCAUUGCCACAAUUUCUCCAACUGCUCAGUGCAUGGAAGAAACCCUAAGCACACUGGAUUAUGCCUGUCGUGCCAAGAACAUUAAAAACAAACCUGAGGCAAACCAGAAAAUGUCGAAGGCUGUGCUGCUCAGGGAUUUGUAUUCAGAGAUUGAGAGAAUGAAAGAAGAGGUUCGGGCAGCACGGGAAAAGAAUGGUGUUUAUAUUCCGCGUGAAAGAUUUGUCCAGGAGGAAGCUGAAAAAAAGGCCAGGAUUGAGAAAAUAGAGCAAUUGGAAAAUGAUCUCAACCUCACAGAAAAGCAAGCGGAGAGUUUUCGUGAGCUCUAUCUCAGCGAACAAGAACAGAAACUGGAUUUACAAAGUGAGCUGAAGGCGUGCAAGAUAAGUCUGGAAACUAGUAACAAGGCACUGCUUGAUCUUCAAGAGAAAUACCAGGUAGCAAUCACAACCUUGAAAGAGAAGGAGCUUAUUAUCUCCAAAAUGCUAUUCUCAGAAAAUCUUUUAAUUGGACGUGCAAAGGAGUUACGAACUGAUUUGCAGAAUGCAUCAGAGGAAAUGAAUUCCCUAUAUGAAAAAUUAGAUCAGAAAGACAGAAUGGAAGCUGAAAAUCAGAGCUUGGUUUUAACAUUUGGUUCUCAGCUUGAUCGGAGUUUGAAAGAUCUGCAUAAGACCAUCCUAGGGUCUGUUUCUCAACAGCAGAACCAACUAAGAUGCAUGGAGGAACAUGUUCACACAUACCUUGCGAGUAAAUGUGAUGCAGCACAGGUACUGGAUUCAAAGAUUAAGAAGAUAACAGAGACAUACAGUUCUGGAGUAUCAGCCUUGAAGGAGCUAGCCAACAUGCUGAAAACGAAGGCAUCAUCUGACCUGGAGCAGAUAAAUGCUAGGGUGUUAUCACAGACAGUGGCCGUUGAGAAGUUUCUUGUAACUGCAGUUAUGGAAGCCAAUGAGGUCAUCCAAGAUAUCCAGCACUCUCUUGAUGAGCAGAAACAGCUGUUGGCUUUCUCCACUCGACAACAAGAGGAGGGGUUGCAACGAAGUUUGAUUUCCACACAAGUAAUUUCAAAGGCCACUGGGAACUUUUUUGAUGACCUUCGUGACCGUGCUUGUCAAGUCAUGAGAAGUCUUGAAGAAAGCCAAAUCCAACGAGUCCACCAAUUAGUGAAUUUUGAGAAGAUGUUUAAGGAAGAAGCUGCUAAAGAGGAAAAACAGGCUAUGGAAAAAAUUGCAGUAAUAUUAGCAACUUUGACAUCUAAGAAAGCUUCAAUUGUGUCAAAGGCAUCAACCAACAUCCAGGACACAAGUAAACAAGAUAAUACCAGGUUGCAAAAGGAGAUGUUUGACAUGCAACAAUUGGCAACGGAUGCUGGGAAGGAGUUGAGCGAAUAUUUUGGAAAGGUGGAAAGUAACUUCAUGACAGACACAUUCUCAGCAGCUGAGUCUCAUGCAAUCAUGGAAAACUGCCUCCAAGAGUGCUCAGAGAGAGUGGGCGAUUCUAGGAAACAGUGGGAAAAGGCCCAGUCAGCCAUAAACACUCUUAAUCAGAACAGUGUUGCAAAGAUUGAAUCUACUGUGAAGGAAAAUAUAUCUGCAAACCAUUCUGCACAUGAAGAGUUUGUUUCCACAUCUUCCCGUGUGGAUGCAGAUUUCAAUGCCAUAGCCUCUGACACGUCGUCAUGCGUUAAUGCUUCACUAAUGCUGGACCACGAAAAGACAAAGGAAAUAGACUCCAUGGCAACCUUGUGCUUGGAUCAACUCAAAUCAGUGCAAGACAAGCAUGGUGAAGGUGUAUCAACUAUACGAAAUGAAGCAGAAAAGCGCCUUGUAAAAGAUUAUCUGGUUGAUAAGCAUAGUGGUGGAACUAAGAAACGAGUUAUAACUGUCCCCAGCGUGGAAUCAAUUGAGGAGAUGAGAAGCUCCAUUGAAGUCACAGAAGACUGUAUUUCUGACAACAAAUCGAAACGGAGCCAAAUGGAAAGCAAGACCCCAGGUCCUAGAACUCCUUUUGCAGAUGUCAACUGAUGUUGCAUGAUGCUCCAUUUCAAAAUUUCAAAGCAUGCUCAUCAACUGAUGAGCUAUGAACACUACUAGUCCAUCUAUUUUCUACGAUUGGCAAGUCCGAUGAUGCGCAAUGGAAAUGUCUACUGUUCCCUCAUUUGCUUCUCAGAAGUUGAGAAUAAUAUUGUAAUAUUUUGUAGUUGCCAACUUGCCAUAAAUGAAAACAAUUACAAGUUUCUCCAA